AUGGAGAGCAACCAACACGGCAACACGCUACACCUUAUCCGGAGUGACUCCACCCCAAAGGGGAAGGUGUUAGCCAACGGUCGCUCGGAGUUGGGCAAGAUUUGUUCGGGUGAGAACGGUUUCCUGAUGCCGGCCAAGAAGAUAAGGGAUUGCGUGGCGGUCGGGGACAACGAAUUUGCCUGUGCCGAGCGCCGACUCUCUCGGAGUUACGUGGUGCUCCACAAGGACUCGUCCGCAGCUGUUGACAAUGUCGGAGCCCAGAGCGCCACCAGUCCGGGCUACCACCACCAAGCCACGCCGUUCCGAGCCCCGGACCACAGGGACACGUGGGGCAAAAAAAUGGACUUCUUGUUGUCAGUUAUUGGGUUUGCUGUGGAUUUGGGAAAUGUCUGGAGAUUUCCUUAUAUUUGCUAUCAAAAUGGUGGCGGCGCAUUUCUCAUUCCCUAUACCUUAAUGGCAAUGUUUGGAGGAAUUCCUUUGUUCUACAUGGAGUUGGCAUUGGGACAGUAUCAGAGAACAGGUGUUAUUCCUGUUUGGAAGAGGAUAUGUCCAAUAUUUAAAGGGAUUGGAUACGCAAUCUGUAUCAUUUCUCUGUACGUCUCUUUCUAUUACAACACGAUCAUAUCAUGGGCUGUCUACUAUUUCUACUGUUCGUUCACGGCCACCUUGCCAUGGACCAACUGUGACAAUUCUUGGAACACACCCAACUGUAUCAACUACUUCGGCAAGAAUAACAUCUCCUGGAAUAACUUCUCUAAGUCUCCAGCAGAAGAAUUUUUUAUACGGAAUGUUCUGGAGAUCCACAAAUCCCAGGGGUUACAUUAUGUGGGUGCGAUUCGCUGGCAGCUUCUUCUGUGUCUCUUUGUCAUUUUCACCAUUGUUUACUUCAGUCUAUGGAAGGGGGUUAAAACGUCUGGAAAGAUAGUCUGGGUGACAGCCACACUGCCCUAUCUGGUGCUUUUUGUCCUUUUGAUAAGAGGAGCCACUUUACCCGGAGCAUGGCGAGGUGUGGCCUUCUACCUCAAACCAAACUGGAAGAAGCUGUUGGACACAAAUGUCUGGGUGGAUGCAGCUACACAGAUUUUCUUCUCGAUGGGCCCUGGAUUUGGUGUGAUCAUGGCUUUAGCAAGUUACAACCAGUUCAACAAUAACUGUUACCGGGAUGCAAUUGUCACCUGUUCAGUAAACUGUCUGACUAGCUUUCUAUCAGGAUUUGUCAUUUUCACCGUGCUGGGAUAUAUGGCAGAGAUGCGCAAUGUUGAGGUGGAGGAUGUGGCAAAAGACAAAGGUUCUGGUCUCCUGUUUAUAACCUAUCCUGAAGCGAUUGCUAACAUGGACGGCUCUCCCUUCUGGGCAAUUCUCUUCUUUCUUAUGGUGAUAACUCUGGGCUUGGAUAGUACGUAUGGAGGUCUCGAGUCUAUCAUCACAGCAGUAAUAGACGAGUAUCCUCAUCUAUUUGCUAAAAGGAGGGAACUGUUCGUUUUGGGGCUAAUCAUUGUGUGCUUUGUGGGCUCUCUCAGCACUCUAACCAAUGGAGGAGCAUAUGUAGUAAAGCUGAUGGAAGAUUUCGGAUCUGGUUCCUGCCUUAUUGCUGUGGUAUUACUAGAAUCUAUAGCAGUUUCUUGGUUUUAUGGAGUCCAGCAAUUCUGCAAUGAUAUCCGGACAAUGUUGGGAUUUGCUCCGGGGCUGUUUUGGAGAGUUUGUUGGGUGGGCAUUAGCCCUGCCUUUCUUGCUUUCAUUACAGUGAGCUCAAUUGUGUACCAGCCCCCUCUCAGUCUGUUUGGCUAUGAUUAUCCGAACUGGAGUAUAACAGUGGGGUAUGUGAUUGGAGCUUCAUCCUUUAUAUGGAUCCCAAUAUACAUGGUGUAUAAACUGGUGUGGACACCGGGAUCCCUUAAGCAGCGCCUGGCAGUCUGCAUUCGCCCAGAGAAGACGGUCAAAGACCAGAAGCCUGACUCCUUCUGCAUGAAUACCAUUCCGUAA